CGAUACACUGCAGUGAAAGGGGUACGUUGCUGCAACUGCGAGGACCUCUGAGGAUCCUCGAAAAAGAAAUUCUCUGUUUUCCAGAACGUCCGUUCGAAUACCUUAAUGUGCGUUUUAUGUGUGAAGUUUCGUGUACGAUUCUGGUGCUUUCUGACUCGGUGUUUUUUUUACUUUCGUUGACAAGGACACCUGGGAAGGCAACUGAUGAGAAAACUUUGAGUUGACAGUUUCCUUCAUUGGAGGGAGGAAGUUGCAUGAGAUUUCGAGCUUUUUCCAAUGGGACCAGGUCGGGAACGAGGAAACUUGAAUACAGAAACGAUCAGUACGAGGGGAAGGAUGAGAAAAAAAAUGUCGUGCAACGAUUUCUUACGAAGAUAAAUUGCUCGAUUAACCAUGCUCAAGGCUUUCGGUUUCCUAGUGUCCCAAGUCCUUUGAUGUUCAUUUUUCGGUGAGAAAAUUCGAUUCUACGCUUUAAAACUACCGAGUUCUUGGUCAGAUAAAAAAGAAACGAGUGCAACGGAAACGGCCAAAAGAUCAGAGGAGUGCUGGCUAUUUCUUCUGCCUUAAAAGCUCGAAGAGUGCUCCCCGUUCUGAAUUUUAAAAGAUGAAAGAAAACCUCGAAAUAUAUUCGAACGAGCAACGUUUUUCCAAACAUCGCUCACUCAUCGUUGAAAAGAAAUUUGUUUUUUCUUCAUUUCCCAGCAGUUGUCGAAGCGCAUGGAGCUGAAGUUCACGGUAUUCCAUAUUUUUUGGGUAUCCCUGGAAAAUAUUGAAGUUCUAUAGAGAACAUUUACCACCACUGCUGAUCUCGCGUGUUCCUCGACCUUGGACGAGGGUGCGCCACAUCUGGUUCUGCUGUGCGCUCUUUCUCCGCUACUACCCGCGUCGUCACCCUCACUCAACGUAUCUGCGUACUCUAUACGACGUGCGGAUGUGUGUGUCGAUCUCGAGCAUUUUCGCGGAAAAGCUCGUACCUCCAAAGUCGAUAGUAAUUUCAUUGUAACGCUCGUGGUGAACGCUGCGUUGUGUCAUCAGGAAAAUUGUGUUUAUAAAAAAGUGUGCGUUUUAAUUUCACAGUGUCUUGAAAGAUUGACGACCUGUCGAUUGCAGCUUCGUUACGAGCUCGUGGCUCCUGGAGGCUCGAGUAUUGUUCUCCAAUUGAUUAUGAACUUUCGAUCAACGCUCUGUUUAGUUGGAAAAAAAUGUUUUCAACGUAGUAAGUGCCCUGGCUGAGACAGACCACGAGGAACAUUUGUUAUCGUCGUCCUUUAUUCUGACUAAAAAACUGUUCGAGCUGCCUGAAUCGUGGAAUCUAUAAAACUGAGCAAUAACAGUGAAAAAAGUGUGAAAAGAAAAUGCUCCGGGAGUAGGUCAGCUUCGAUGAUUCGAAAAUUUGUAUGAGAAAAUGUUGCGCCACGAUUGGUCCUCAUGCUAUCACGAUUUCCGAGGUGAUCCAUCCCACGUGAAAAUAAAAAGCAAUAAGGACGGUAAAAGCUGCUAUUAACUCUGCGAUAAGAGACAGCCGGCGCUCGUUACAAGUGUCAUUGCGAUGAUUUAAGGGCCGGGAUUGUACGCUGGUAGAGGAAUCAAUAGAAGAUUGUUUUGAAUCAUUGUUCCCCUCAGCAGAACAGGUUGGCAAUAGCGUUCAGUGCCAAGUAAUUACCGGAGUAGAGAAGCAGAGGAAAAAAGUAAUUGAUGCAAUCGUCGCUGAAGACGAGCCAAUUCUUAGCCGUGUUGCUUCGCCCGUUAAUCUGCUCCGGUACUCAAACCCUCGAAGGUAACAUUUGAGAAGAAACCGUAGACCCACUGACCUUGACUACCUCAUGACCAUAAGAAACCUCGCGAAGUUUGGUCUUCGUGCGAAAACUCCGCAAAAACAAUGAUAAUAAAAAUUCUGUUGAAAAAUUGUUGAGAAUUUAAUAUUGUUGACGAACUUUAACUGUUGAGAAACUUUAGCUUGUUGACAAAUGAGGUAUUAUUGAAAAGCUUGAUCUCGUACAUACGUAAAAUAAUAAAUCGUUGCAAAUCUGUUAACCCUGUUAAUGUUUGAAGGAAAAUAUAUUAAGCGAAAAGUUAUUUACGUUCAUUGUUCGACGUUAAGGAGAUUCGCGUAUGGAAUUUUGAACUAUGAAAUUCAUAAUGGUUCGCUGAGCUACAAGGAGACGAUAAAAGAGGCCAGUUUCGUGAUAAAUAAUAAGCUGCAUCGGACUGCGAUCUCGAGGCGAUAGCUCGUCACACGAAGCUGAAGAAAAAUAAAACGAGAAUGCUCAUUGCACUUAAAAAUAAUUGUGCGGACGAGUGAGAGAAGGGGUAAAAGCAAAUUUCCAUUAAGAAUCGAGGGAGGCUCGUAAAGUGCACUUUGUUGGACAGGGAAAAGCAACAGAGCUCAGUUCGACGGAGCAUGAGAAGGAGAAAUUGCGGAGAGGAUCACGCGCGCGAUCAUGAACGAAGCGUGUGUAACCACGCCACUGAGUGAUAAUGGCCGAGUCCGUGAGCUCUGCGUUGAUGUACGACCGUCCUGAAAUAUUCAUCACUCGGCGACCUCGUACGGAUAUCGUUACGAAGGGUGAACAGCAAGACUGAGAAAAAGAGAGGAGAAAGGCAGAGAGAGAGAGAGAGAGAGAGAGACAACGCGGCGGGGUGUAGUCGAAGGUAUUGAAGAAAAAGCGUCACAGAGAAGAUAGCAGGUUUGCGUGCACAUGUUCAGCGUUUGUCGAUCAAGCGCAGCCAGCGAGCGCGAGGUGUACGGCUUCGAACAAGAGUAGCCUUUGCUUUUCGCGCUCUAUUUCAUCUCUGAAAACCGACAAAGUGCGAUCAGCAUGAGAGAUAGCGAGCGAUAUAUAUAAAAAUAGAAGAAUAUCGUCGAGAGUAAAAGAGACAGGAAGGCGCGAAAGAACGCGAGGGAGAGAGAGAGAGACCGAUAGGAAGAUCAAAGAAGAGCUGUCCGGGAGCAUCGAAUUCUCAAAAUAUCCUGCUCCCAUUAUCAUAAAAGAGGAGGAACGGUGAUGGAUAAAAAGGACACCUGUCACGAGAGCCCUCACUCCAUUGCGUUAAUAAAAAGCUCCAUUUAAGCUGGAUUCAAGAGUGAAAUGUUUAUCCGGCAGGAAGGAAGAAAGCACCAAUGACUCAACCUGCCGAAUAUUCGCUUUGUUUCAUCAUCGCAAGCCUCGGGAUCCUUUACGAGGCUCGAACGCCUCGGCCGAGCCUCUCCUGGACAUGGGAGCCCGUGGCUGGGAGUACGAGGCCCUGCCGGAUCUUAAUACACCCGCUGCCUUAACACCCUCUUCGACACCGCCGAACAAUAAUUCUCAGAAUCCUCCCACAAAUCAACAACAGAAAUUACAUUCCGCCCCGAGGGUUUGCUUCGAAGCGGACAAUCUGGCUUCAACGAGACGGAGAAGCAGCGCCAGGCUUCCGGCAUCCUCCAUCAGGCGUCGUAGCCGUAGUAUGAGCGCCUGGAGUGACCUCUCCAGAUGUUCCUUCAGACUUGAUGAAAGAGUUCGAGUCGAGUACUAUGUGAACGAGAACACUUUCAAGGAACGCCUUCAGCUCUAUUUCAUCAAGAACCAGCGCUCAAGUUUGAGGAUAAGAGUCGCCAAUCUUUUCUUCAAGCUGCUAACAUGCUUCCUCUACAUAUUCAGGGUUAUCACGGACACUGUUCCUACUCAGGCUUCGUGCUACGGUUGCCAGGCGGGAAACAAAUCGGAGAUUUUAGCAUCGCAGAGUCUGACGGAGGAGGAAUUUCGAGAGAACUCGACGAUCAAUUGGGACGCCAUAUUAUGGGUGAGAAGACCGUUGGAAUUAUGGGUCGUUCAGGUGAUCCUGGCGAUGGUGUCGCUGACCGAAGCUCUUUUGCUCGCCUAUCUCGGUUACAAGGGAAACAUCUGGCAGCAGCUGUUAUCGUUCCACUUCAUCCUGGAAUUGGUGAACACAAUACCAUUUACGAUUACGCUUCUCUAUCCUCCGAUGCGAAAUCUCUUUAUACCGGUGUUUCUCAACUGUUGGUUGGCGAAGCACUCCCUGGAGAAUAUGUUCAACGAUCUGCACAGGGCGAUGCAGAAAUCACAAUCAGCUUUGAGUCAACAAUUGAUGAUCCUCAGUGUCACGUUACUGUGCCUUGUCUUUACCAGCGUCUGCGGGAUACAGCACUUUCAAAGAGCGGGGCACAGGCACCUGAAUCUAUUUCAAAGCACGUAUUUCGUCGUUGUGACAUUUUCGACUGUGGGAUACGGAGAUUUCGUCCCGGAUAUUUGGCCCUCCCAAUUGUACAUGGUGCUGAUGAUAUGCGUCGCACUUAUAGUAUUGCCAACGCAGUUCGAGCAGUUGGCAUUCACAUGGAUGGAACGUCAGAAACUCGGAGGCUCGUACUCGUCGCACAGAGCUCAAAGCGAGAAACACGUGGUGGUAUGCAGUACGACCCUUCAAGCGGACACCAUAAUGGAUUUUCUCAACGAGUUUUACGCUCAUCCACUUCUGCAGGAUUAUUACGUUGUUUUAUUAUCACCAAUGGAACUCGAUACAACCAUGAGAAUGAUACUGCAGGUGCCAAUAUGGGCACAAAGAGUCAUUUAUAUCCAGGGAUCGUGUCUGAAGGACGGUGACCUCGCCAGAGCGAGGAUGAACGAAGCUGAGGCUUGUUUCGUCCUUGCUGCGAGAAAUUAUGCUGACAAAACUGCCGCCGAUGAACACACUAUACUCAGAUCGUGGGCAGUAAAGGAUUUUGCUCCAAAUGUUCCCCAAUACGUGCAAAUCUUCCGUCCAGAGAACAAAUUACACGUUAAAUUCGCCGAGCACGUUGUGUGCGAGGACGAGUUUAAAUAUGCGAUCCUGGCGAACAAUUGCACGUGUCCGGGUGUUUCGACUCUCGUCACAUUGCUAUUGCACACAUCCAGAGGACAAGAAGGCCAACAAUCGCAGGAAGAAUGGCAUCGAUUGUAUGGCAAAUGUUCAGGCAACGAGAUCUACCAUAUCAUACUUGGUGAUUCUCGUUUCUUUGGUGAAUACGAGGGUAAAUCCUUCACCUAUGCCUCCUUUCACAGUCAUCGAAAAUACGGGGUUGCACUGGUCGCUGUAAGACCAGCCGAACUCCCAGAGUUUUACGAGGACACGAUUCUUCUCAAUCCAGGACCUCGACAUAUAAUGAAGAAAACGGAUACCUGUUAUUACAUGAGUAUAACGAAAGAAGAAAAUUCAGCGUUCGUCGUGGCGAACCAUCAGACCGGAGUCGUUGGUGAUCCGAGCCAAGUAGUGGUCGAUUCGAAAACAGAAGGUACAACGAUCGGCAGCUCUUCGCUCGUCGGGACAGCGACGUCGACGGUGACUUCGAUGACGACACCGGCGACGAUGCUCACAGCAAACAUCGCCGGUCACGGUGGCAACGGUACAUCUCCAUCAUCAUCGCCAAUUGGCCACGGUCAUCAUCAGAGAUUAACAGAAAACUGUUGUAAUGUGACGUGCGAUACGAUCCGUGGACAGGAGGCAACCGGUGAUGGUCGUGGCAAAGUUCGCAACAUUUCGGUUAACGUGCCACGAUCACCGAUGCCUCCUCCGGUCAUCUUGCAGGUCCUUCCUAGCACGCCCACACUCCAACAUCACAACCUACUCGCAUCCGAUGUCCACCCGACAUAUCUUGAUCCUGGUAAUCUCGGCGAUUCAAGACAGUGCCUGAGGGACGGCGGCUCGAGUCCACAAACACCGAUAACUGGUAACCACUUGGACGUGCCUCGAUCCAUGGACACGAAUCCGAAUCUACUCAGUCCGGAGAUUCUCAUGCAGAGAAGAGGAAGCAGACGACCCAGUAUCCUUCCCGUGCCGGACAUGUUAACGAGCUCGACACUCCAUUUACCCGGUCAAGAAUCUUUAGAUCACGAAGGUGAUGAAUCAGAGGAUGAGAUGGAUGACGACGUGCCGUGGAGAUCGCCGAGCGAGAAAAUAGCCUUCAAGGGAAUCGUCAAGGGAUUCCCACCAGUAUCACCGUUUAUCGGAGUGUCCCCGACUUUGUGCUAUCUCCUCAAAGAAAAAAAACCACUUUGUUGUCUCCAGUUGGCACAGGUAUGCGAGCACUGCAGUUACAGGAAUGCAAAGGAGUACAAUUGGCAGAACAAAACGAUAAUACUGGCAGCAGAUUAUGCGAGUAAUGGAAUUUACAAUUUCAUCAUACCUCUUCGAGCUCACUUCAGAUCCAAAACAUCAUUGAAUCCAAUAAUCUUACUGCUCGAAAGACGACCGGAAAUUGCUUUUCUCGAUGCUGUAUCGUAUUUCCCUCUGGUAUAUUGGAUGCUCGGCUCCAUCGACUGCCUCGACGAUCUUUUGCGCGCUGGUAUAACACUCGCCGAGAAUGUUGUUGUCGUCAACAAAGAGCUCAGUAAUUCCGCUGAAGAGGAUACGUUGGCGGACUGCAAUACCAUCGUCGCCGUUCAAACGAUGUUCAAAUUCUUUCCCAGCAUAAAGAGCAUAACCGAGCUGUCCCAGUCGAGCAACAUGAGAUUCAUGCAAUUCCGGGCGCACGACAAGUACGCCCUCCAUCUCAGCAAAAUGGAAAAGGUACUCCUCAGUGCUACUACCGAUGACAGCUACUCGGCCGAGCCUACGAUGGGCUCCCCGCGAGAAAAAGAGAGAGGUUCCCACAUAUCGUAUAUGUUCCGUUUACCCUUCGCCGCUGGCAGCGUUUUUAGUGCGUCGAUGCUCGAUACCUUACUCUAUCAAGCGUUCGUCAAGGAUUACGUUAUAACGUUUGUCAGACUGUUACUCGGGGUCGAUCAAGCGCCGGGUUCUGGUUUCCUCACAUCGAUGUGUAUAACGAAAGAGGACAUGUGGAUCAGGACGUACGGAAGACUGUAUCAAAAACUCUGCUCGACGACGUACGAGAUACCGAUAGGAAUUUACAGGACACAGGAUACGACAGUGACCGAUACUUCGAACGGUGACUCCGACGCCGAGAGCGAUACGGGCGUUGGGGUGACUUACAAGGUGCGUCGUUCCGCGGCAGCUUCGUGUCUCGCGAACUGCGCCACUCGCGACAAGGGCGCAUCCGCUUACUCGGUGAGCCUCGCUGACGAAGCUCGGGACAACCAUGCUCAGCAGAUCGAGAGGGCUGAGAUAGCGAAUCUCGUGCGGUCGCGGAUGGAAUCGUUGAAUCUACCGAUCGCCGAUUACGACGAUGUUUCAGAAAAGCGGAACAGCCUGUCGUACGUAAUAAUAAAUCCGAGCUGCGAUCUCAAGCUGGAGGAAGGUGACAUAGUCUACUUGGUCCGUCCAAGUCCAUUCUCCGCGCAGAAAACAUUCGAGCGUCACAAUUCGCGUCGUAAGAGCAACAUAAGCUUUUGCUCGGCUCAAUUGGUAGCCCAGAUGAGCGCGGCUGUUGCAUCGGCCGGUGUAACAACGGGUGGAGGCAGUCGUCGGGGCUCGGGUAUCGGUCUGGCUAGGGCACCACCUCUCGGUAGCACGAAGUCGAACUCGCUCUCCCUGCCGGACAGUCCCACCGUAGCCGGGAGUCUACGCGGCCGUUCGAAUUCGUUGCGGGUUGUCGACGAUAUACUGCUGAGACGAAGCAACUCGCUCCGUCAGGGAUUCACCACGAGGAGGAAGAGCAGCCUCGAGGACAUUGGCCUCGGCGCACUCUCCCAUCCGUCCAAUCACAAUCCGAUCAAGAUUGCGUUGAACGGCUCGAUCGGCCUCGAGGUGACUCCACCGGAAGAGGGUACUCCGGCCGGUGGUGCGAGUAACACGGGAAUCCUCGACGUCGGACUACCCUCCAUGCCCUCACUCGGUACUAUAGGUCUCGGACCCAGUUUAGGAGCUGGCCUAGGUGGCUCGUUGGGUGGCCUGUACGAUCCACCCCCAAUUAUACAGGCCAACAAAAACACCGGCAUGCAAAGCCAACAGGGACAAAUCGGACAGAGCGCUGGACAACAGGAUCCGCAGCAUAUACAGGGAACGAUAGUAUGAUACAACCUAAUGUGGGGACGCCGACUCUCCAGUGUAGUUCGAAACAAGUGGCUCUAGCGUUCCCACAUAGUCUCCCAAACGAGAUUAGAUCGUAGCGGUCCCGGCAAUCACGCCACUCGUCGUACCGGAACUCGCGACGGUUAUAAGAUUUAGAGACGAUUCGCUGUUGAACAUGCUUUACGUGCUCGUGUCGCCGAAUGCGUACUCAGAAACGACUCGAGUCUAAGCCAGCUCUCUUCGGGGAUAUUUACGAGCCGGUUCCUGGCUGGUAAAUAUUUUCUGGGGACUUUAUUUGCUCUGGGGAUCGGAGGGUAGCGAAGGGGUUUAUUUUCGGACGAAAGCUCUGGCCCCUUCCCUGUCCCCGGUUCUCUGGAUUCUGGCUGGCGUGACGAGCGACAAGUCGAGUUCCGGACCAUUUUUUAACGCAAUGUUCAAGGUUACAAAGGGCUGAGAUUUUGAUUAAAUGCUGGCUGAGUACACAGGAAAGUCGAGGGUGGCACGGAUUCGAUAAAAGCGGGUUUUGACGAGGCUGUAGAUAAGAAAAUGUGCACAGGCAACGUGGUACAGAAGCCGGCUGUCCAUUUGUCAUUGGCAAUCGAUAAAGACAACCAUCAAAGUUCAUUGUUCGAGAUUCCGGAAAAAUCACGUCGCAGUGACGAUCGGCGUAUGCGAACGUGAUCAUAGUUACUUGUCGAUUAACAAAACCUGAACAACGGAUCGAUGGUUCAAGUAGAAGCUUCGCGUUGCGAUGCAUCGAGACAAGAAUCCACUUUAUCGACGGUCAGUAAACGUGAAAACGCCUCGAUAAUUUGAGCGUGUUGGAAACCACUUGUCGCGUGUUAUCAACGGUCAAUCGGAGUUAGACUACGCGGAACGACUAAAUAUUUGCAUCGUUCGAAUAACGUUUUAUCGAACACGAACGAAUUUUUUCAAAGAUACUCACUCAAUCAAUCGCGCACGCGCAUUUUCCGUGAUCAUCGACGGAGAGCACAGAAACUGACGAAUCGCCGUUCCAGCACUAGGAACGACGGGCAAUCGCAAACGUUUCACAUUUUUACCGAGCAAACUGUAAAUUUUCAUGGAAGUCAAUUCAAAUCACUGUAGGAUACACAAAACUUGAUUUUCUUUCGAUGAAACUUUACACUUUUUACACCGAAAAUUCGAAACCUUCGCAAGAACCGCGUUUAUCUUGCUGCAACGUUAGUUUGUCACGAUAAUUAUCUCCGUGUAAGUGAAAUUUCAACGUUUCGAUAAUCCGAUAUUCUCCGCAAUGAUUUCAAAUCGUUUCUCCGCAAUAAUGUACCAAAUGUAUACAAAUGAAAAGAUUAUUAUAUAUAUUAAUAUAUGACUGUUGGAUAAAGAGAGAAAUUUAUGAAUUCGCGAGUUCGAACGGUUCGACCGGCUCGGAGGUCACUCAGCCGGAAGAUGGGAGGUCCGGGAGGUGGUGCUCGUAACACCCCGCGUCCUGACCGACGAGGAGCUUCACCCUCGGCCGAUGGAACGUUUUUUAACGUUGUUUUGUUUUGUUUUUGUUUUUGUUUUUUUUUUUUUUUUAAUUUUUAUCGUCUAAUAAAAAGCGAUCUACGGGACCUGCAAUGCCACGAGGAAAACCACGUCGAAUAAAAACGUAACAGUAUGAAGAGGUAGCGAUUACCCGUAGAUUCAAGUACGCAGAGUCACGUGAUACACGAAGGGCGUUAAUAAUUUCAUACUUAGAUCGAGUAAGAGAAAAUUCAAAAAAAAAAAGAAAAGAAAAGAAAAGUAACGAAAAAUCAUUAAAAUACCUAAAAGAACGAAGGGAGUAAAAGAGCCUCGAGAAAACGAGAGAAGAAGAAGAAAGUAAGAAAAGUGAAUAAUUGACCAUUAGAAUCGCAUAUCAAAGCGAGUCACAAUACGUCGUGCUCGUUGACAGUCACUACUGUAAACUUACACACACCUUAUGUCUAGGCGAACACGAUGAAGGAUGAUGAGAAAAAACGGCGUUAAAAUGAAGGAAGAAAAAGAGAAUAAUGAAAAUGAAGAAAAAAAAUGAAAAUUAAAAAAAAUACAAAAAUAACAGAAGGAACUAAAAAUGUCUUAAUUAAGUGUUAUCGACGAGUGAUUAGAUCGAAGGGCCAUGCGAUGAAUAGGCGAGGACUACACGUGUGGCUGAUUUCAUUAAAAUUAGUGUUCGAUAAAUACUGAGAGAAAAAAACCCAACAACAAACGAUGAAGCCAAAACUACUUCGUCAAAAAAUGGGAACACGUUACGUGUUAAGAAAUUAAUGAAAAGUUGAAAAAUAAAAGAAAUAAAAUAAAUAAAUAAAAGAUAAACAGAAAUUAAUACUUACUACCGGAUGUGUAAAGUUAAGAGAGCAAGAAGGAGAGAAAGUCCUGAAUGUUAAGCGGCCUCGAGCAAAGGCUUAGGACAUUUUAUUAAUAUAUUUAAUAAUUGUACGACGAUUGUGUAACUGACUGAUCAAAAAUCGAUAACUCCCGACAAAUCAUUCGUUAGUUUAUUCCCUAAUGUGCAAUCGAAAUAAUUCUUUACAACAUAAUUAAAAUGCUUCAACUGGUCUUUGAUUAAUUUUUGAAAAAAUCGUUUCAAUCCGACGAUUUUUUUACUUUGACAAUCCGUUUAAUUGUGACAAUUGAAUUUUUUGUGCUAUCUCGAUCCUUAUCAACGAUCGAGCUUGGGAUAAUCCGUUGAUUUAAAUUGGCCUGAUACGAGCCAAAUUCGAUGAUGUCGAGCGACCAAUUUACACACAAUUUACAAUUCUUUUCCCUUCAUUCCGUUACAGCAAUCGAAUCGUUAUUUUUUCCCGCGCAUUAUUGCGAGAUUGUGAAAAUGUUUUAUUUUACACUUAACAAAAAAUGAGAAGUGUUGCCAAUGGUAUUUUUAAAAAUCGUGCCCUUAGCAAGAAAUACUCCUCAAGAGUUUUUGUACAUAUGUCAAUUGAGCACGAUUGAAUAAUAUGAAUCAGUGGCUAUGAAUUUCUUUCUUUUCUACACUCCAGACGCUCUACGCUGAAUUCUUUUUAGUUGAUAAAUUUGAGGAGGAAUACAAACGGCACAUCUCUUCAUUUUCUUCGCACAACAAUUACGACUUUGCAAUUCCAAAAUUUCUUUAUCAAAAAUCGAAUUUAUCCACGAUUAUUAAAAAUAAAUAAAAAUUUAUCUUUCAGUACAGUAUGAAACAAAAAAUAUCUCGAUUUAAUUCCUCACCUUCGUAUAUCAUUGCAACAAAAAUUCAAGGUCACACCAAGGUCCAAUAACACAUUGCCUGUUCGUUAAAGAAAAAAGAAAAACGAGGAAACAAAAGUCAUUGUUUUCGUCCCCGUCAGCCCAGUCGGACAAGUUUUCAUACGAAACAACACGAAAUAAGUAACCGAAGUAUUCUACGAAAAUGAUCGCCUUACAGACAACAUAAACGAUUUAAAAACAGCUCUGAGAAAGAACAUUUCAAAGUGCUAACUUGCCCGCCGUUUGCGUUGAAUAAUAAUGAAACAAAAAAAUGAACAAUCAGUGAGUGUGAAACUUGUGAGUAACACGGACGGUCCUUUCGUGAUCGCUGUUGCAAAAAAUACUUUGAUUCGUGGCCAGGCCGUAAUUAAUUGUUUUUCGAGUCGAUCGCAAGGAAAAAAUUGGAGUUAUUGAAAUCUGUAUUUUUCGGGAAAAUUAACAUAUUUGCGUGAACGAAUUAGAAAGUAAAUAGAAAUUUAAAGUUAUUCGACGUUUUUGAAAAAUUAUCCUAAUAUUUGUAUUGUUAUGAUUGUGUCCUGGAAUAAAACUGUUCCGAGGUACCAGGAAGCGUGUGAGUGAAAAUUCUAAAGAACUUCGGCCGUGUAUGAAUGAUGGAAACAUGGAAAAAAAAUGAAAUGAAUCACUUUAAACAAAAAUGUUAGAGACUCGACCGUAUCAAUUUUUUCCGUGGGAUCGAAUCACUGAACUCGACGUAAACGGACCGGAGACUCGAUGUUUUUGAUGUCGCAUUGGCGUGGAAGAAAACUAUAAAUGAAAAUCGAAUGGAUAUGGCUCAUCGCGUGCGGCAGUUUUUUCUAAUUUUUCCUGUGACCAUGAGCUAUUGUAAAAAAAGCCAUGAAAUUAUCGGUUACGAUCCUCAUCGGAAAUCAAUUUUAAGGCCAAUAAAACAGGGGGGACAAAGAAUCAAAGAAGAAAAACAGUUUAACGAAUCGAACAGAAUUUUGAGUAUAUACGUAAAUGUAUUUAUACAAAUUGUUCUACGACCGAUGGCCAUUCUUGUGGGCUCGUAUUCGUCCUCAGAAUCCCCAUCUUGAAUUCUCAUACCGUUUACUCAUCAGAUUUCUUCUGGCAAAUCAUUCAUUAUCGAGCUGAAAACUAAGCCGAAAACUUUGGGCUGGCACGCUGUCUCAAAGUGCUCAAAAGUAGAGUCAAAAUGCCUUGGGCCAGUGAUGGGGAAGACAAAAUUUCGUAAAAAAAAGUUCCUGACGAUGACUCGAUGUCUUUAAAAGGUUCGAGUCUCGACAACUUUUUCUCGAAAAUUUUACGUAACACAAAAACUGUCCUGAGUUUUUAUAUCGAUUUGUGACCGUUUUGGAGGCACUUGAGAAAAAAAUGUACAACCCCGAGUAUUCGAAAAUGACAAAUUCGUCGUAAUAAAAUUUGAUCAAAAAAUAUGUUUGAAUGCCGAAAAAAGUCAAAGAGGUCCACAGGAAUGAUUUUCGGUCGAGCCUGUACACAUAAAAUCAGAGAGAAAUAAAGAAACUAUUUGACGGCGAGAAUCCCGAGUUAUAUAUUAACAGUCUAUAGUGACUUCAACAUUAAUCGAUAAGACGAUCCUUGACCACAAGAAAAAUAAAAGAUGAACAAAUAAUAAACGGCUGUACGUAAUAUUAUACAAUGACGAGAUGUGAUGAAAAGGAGAUGAAAGAAAAAAAUAAGAGAGAAAGGAAAACUAAAAACGAACAGAAAAGAAUGUACCUAUCGUGUGACGUGUCUGUGGCUCACAGUCGCGUGAGUACAUGGCGUAAAUUUAUUAUGAAUAAAUUAUUAUAGAGCAUA